AUGGAGGAGAGGGAAAGAAAAGUCCCAGGUGAGGGGAAGCCAGACAGCGGUCAGGAAGCAUCACUCAGCGUACGUGACCAAGAAAAACCUGGUGAAGACAGUGACAGGAAACUGAGUGAAGAUGAAGAUUUUGAUACUCAAUUGGACGUUAGCUCCGACAAGUUUGAUCCACUUCGUGCAUUGUACUCUCCAGAAGUUCCUUUGCCUUACCCGAACAUCAAGUGCUUCAAUAAUAUUGCCGAAUAUGAGAGCUUUAUGAAAGGUGGCCGAGGUAGAGCCAAACCCGAGAAUGUGGAAAAGAGACUUAGGAAAGCGAAGAAAGGAGUAGCCGACCCAGAAAGGAUAGAAAGACUGAAAAAGCUCAUGGUGAAUAAUCCGGUUGAAGAAGGCGAGGGUAGUGGGGUCAAAAGGCCUCCUCGGAAACAAAAAGCUCCUAAAAAUGUUCUGACAAGGAUGUCAUCGCACGCAGGAAGUCCGCUCGGGCAGCUGAACCGGUGCGUCCAAGAUAAGAUCAGGGUGAAGGUUCAUAUCCGGACAUUUAAAGGUCUCCGUGGAGUGUGCUCCGGCUUCGUGGUGGCCUUUGACAAAUUUUGGAACAUGGCGAUGGUGGAUGUGGAUGAGACGUACAGAGAGCCCUUGCUGGGAGAGGCGUUGUACCACGAGAAAGCGCUAACUGUUACCAGGCUUUUUGAAAAGCUGAAACUACAGGAGAACGAGGAGCUCCGUGCCGUCGAGGAGAUGAAACUUGGAAGCAAAGAUGCAGCCAGGACUCCACAGCCGGAUGCUAAGGAAGAAGGACCCAGUCACACGCUUCACCGCUCUACUCGAGGGAACAGCAGGAGAGAUCCCAGGGUGCCCACGGAUGGUCACAGUCUCCCUGAGAAAAGCACCACGACUCCCGGGGCCUCUGCAACGGAGCAUGAAACUGAGGAGAAACAAAGACCAAGAGAUUCGAAACCCAAGACGAAGUACGGGAAGGUUCACACACGACAUGUCAAUCAGCUGUUCAUUAGGGGAGAGAAUGUGCUGAUAGUGACUAUACAGCAGGACUGA